AUGCGAGCUCUGAUCCUUGUCGGGGGAUAUGGUACCCGGCUGCGGCCGCUUACUCUCACAAUGCCAAAACCCCUUGUGCCAUUCUGCAAUAAGCCGAUGAUCGUGCACCAAGUGGAAGCACUGCGUGACGCAGGAGUAACCGAGGUGAUUCUGGCUGUUGCGUACCGAUCCGAUGCAAUGAAAGAAAUCAUGGACCACUGGUCGAAGGAACUUGGAGUGUCGUUUGUUUUUUCUCAUGAAGAAGAGCCCCUCGGAACGGCUGGACCUUUGGCUCUUGCUCGUGAAUUCCUUCUUCAGGAUGAUCAGCCGUUCUUUGUCCUUAACGCCGAUAUAACCUGCAGGUUCCCGCUUCGUGAACUUCUUUCAUAUCACCGGAAACAUGGAAGAGAAGGAACUAUUGCUGUCACCAAAGUAACGGAGUGGCAGAAGUAUGGUGUGGUCGUUUUUGACGAGGCCACUGGAGUUAUUGAUCAAUUCGUGGAAAAGCCGAAAAACUUUGUGGGCGACAAGAUCAAUGCCGGCAUCUAUGUUUUCAACAAGAGUAUCCUUAACCGAAUCAAGGUUGAGAAGACUUCCAUUGAGACACAAAUAUUUCCUCAGAUGGCAAGCGCGAUGCAACUCUGUGCAUUUAAUCUCGAGGGUUUUUGGAUGGAUAUUGGAAUUCCAAGAGAUUAUAUCGAAGGUAUUGCCAAGUACCUUCAGUCGCUCAUUGGUACCAAAAGAGAGUCAGAAGAAUUGUGCAACACAAGUGGCUCACGAGAAAAGCUCCAUUUUAGUGUAAACGGUUGCGUCAUGAUCCACCCCACCGCGAAAAUCGGUGACGGAUGUGUUAUCGGUCCCUUCGCCACCAUCGGUCCUGGCUGCAUUAUUGGGCCAUCGUGUCGUAUCGUACGCUCUGCUGUAUUGGAAAACACCACCAUCGGUGGAGGAACUUUGAUUGAUUCAAGCAUAAUUGGUUGGAAGGGAAGAAUCGGAUCUUGGUGCCACAUUGUCAACAAUGCGGUUCUUGGAGAGGACGUGGAGGUUAGGAGCGAGUUGUUUCUAAACGGUGUCAAUGUGCUCCCAAAUAAGACUAUUGCUCAGUCCUACCUCGAACCGGAGGUUAUCAUCUGA